GGCUCUUACCACUAGGACCAGCUCAUGAUUUUCGUACUUCACUAGGUGAAAAAGACAGUUAGUGCUGCAUUUUGCAUGGCAACAUGGAUACUUGGCAAAUCACCUUGGCUGCAUGCUAGCCGUGUGCGCUUACGCCUAGAUUUUCUUCCUCCAAAAUCACCAUCAUCCAUCGAGGUCGAACACAUGCCUCUUCCACGUCAAGCACUUGAUGUAUCAGUGUUUGAGGAGAUGACUGCCGAGUAUACCUUGGCUGUGUCCCAGAAUUCGUCCGUAUUCACGCCCCAGACGUCUUCUGGCACUCUUGUAAAUCUAAUACGUACAGCGGACUACGCAGCCGCGGAAUCGUUGCGGAAAGAGAUGGUAGAUAUGAAGAUACCCAUUCAACCGCAUGCCAUUUACGAACGGGCAGCGAGAGCUGUUCUUCAGACGAAGGGGCUCAAAAAUCGAGGGGAAGCGUUUUCUGCAUGGCUUUCGUUGGUGCCUACAGCAAAAGAACAAUGGAGUUCAUUCAAGGAUAUCCGCCAGCAGCUCUUUCGUGGAUCGAAUUAUCUUAACAUCGCACUCGUCAUGCGGUUCGGUCUCAUCAUGGCGUCAAAAGGUUAUAUCACUGGCGAUGCACAGUCACAGGUGUUGAACACCCUUGCGCGCUAUGCGAGUCCUCCCACGACUGAGAGGUAUAUUUCACAACUGGAAGUGGUGGUAGAUUCUUUCUCGAAAUCCGGUCAAGUGAAAGUUACUCCAGAAAAAUGGGCAAGCAUCUACAGCCUCGUCAUCAGAAACCAGGUCCUGGCUGGCCGAGAGGAGCAUGCCCUUCAGCUUGCACGCGUCGCUGCAACACGCGAACGUCAAGUCACAGACUUUACGUUUAGAUUCCUCCUAGAGCACUCCCCAGACGAAGCAUUUACAGCCAGCGUUCACGAAUUACGCCAGCAAAUAUCCAGCAAUCCUUACAGCAUCCCAGACGUUUGGUAUAAGCGGACUUGUUCCCGCACCGAUACCCUUGCGUUGACUUCCCACCUGCGUUAUCUCCGACGUGCUAUCAUCUCGACGAACCCUCCCACUUCUUAUUUCCUUUCCAACUUCAUGAAUGCCUAUCAUGCCACCGGGCGUACACGCGCCAUGCUCGCUUUGCGGAAAAAAGCGUUCCAGCACUCGCACAAAGCCAAAUCCCUAUGGGUCAUGGCAGAGAUGCUUUAUCACCGUUCCCGCAACGAGCCCCAACUCGUCCUUGUGGUCUUUGCAUACCAUUUCCACAUGAUUGGCGUCCCUCGCAGAACUAUUUUGAAAACCAUGAGGUUAAUAUCCAAACGCCGUGCUCCGCUUUCCCAAAGAACAUCGCUUCCAAAGCACUUGCUAAACUGCCAAUACGAUAUCUCAGAGAAGCUAUGGCCGACACCCUAUCACACUGCCCUCGUUUGGGAAGCUCUCGUUUGGUCAACGCCAGAAAGCGACCACGAGCGCAUGUACAAAUAUCUCCUCUCCGUCGCAGAUUCCAGCACAUCGCAGAAGCCCAUUUCUUCCCCAGACUUCAAAUUCGCACCAUCAUUACUGCAGCUUCCAAAGCGUGCAGUUGACGCGGCUCAUUUUUCGCCUUUUGUAAAGUUGCAUGCGAAGCGCGGCCGGCCGGAGCGGGCUGCGAGCGUCUUGAGGGAUAUGAUGAAGUUUGGGUUGAGCCCUGGGGUUGUGCAGUGGAGUAUUGUGGCAAGGGGGUUUGCUGAGUAUGGGGAUCCGGCCGUGGCGGUUUCUAUCAUCAAUCGGCUUGAAGAAGAUAGUGGAUCGCAGGAUCGGGCAGGCGUGAGUGGUGAUCAUGCGGACCGAACACCGUCGAUUCUGGACAUUGGGCUUUAUACGAACGUGCUUAGAGGGUUCGUCCUUGCAAGGUGUUUGGAACAUGCUCAAGAUAUAGAGAGGAGGAUUCGACGGAGAUUUGAGUAUAUUGAUGGCGAGUUGAGGGCCACAGAUGAUGCGCUGCGUCUGCUGCGGAACCUCGAGAGACAGAUGGCGAGUUGAUAGAGGCGGCUGUCGUCCUAGGCGCCAUUCAAAUCAAGCAGCGCUGUCACAACGUCGCACCAUAGAUACCUCCUAUCCUACACGAUUUACAUCUACACGGCAAUAAUUGAGUGAAAUAAGAUAAUGUGGGCCCUAAUCUCGAUACCAG